CUCCAUCAUUAUCAUCUGUUAUGGUCCACAUCAUUUACUAGCUGCUCUUCUCUUGGAAGCACAGGACAACCUAACUGUCUUGAUAAAGGAAUUCAGUUUAAUUAGACUAACCAUUGGCCACUACACUGUCUAUGAUAAAAGGAUCAGAUACAAAGUAAUGAAUAAUGAGUGUCUUGCAGAGGAGAUUAAACUAGCUGAUGGAGAGGAACAAGAACUGAGGACUUUACUUAAUUACAAAGAAGGAUUGAAAAAUAGGCAGAUGAGUAUGAUCAAAAAAAGAAAAGGUUAUAGCUAAUGAAUCGUGAAAAAAUUUAUAGAUGUAUGCAUGUAUUUUAUAUAGUACAAUUGAUGCUCUCACGGAGUGUACAGAUGCUAAGGGACAAUUUAGUUGAGAAUAAAAUUUUGAAAGCAAAAGCAACUGAGAAUAUUCAGUUACUGCAAGAAAAAGUAUCACUAAAGGAAGAAGUUGAGUCAUUGAAGAAAGCACUGGAUAAGAAAAACAAAAUGCUGACUGCCAGGAUUGCAGAGAUUGAGAGUUUUAAAAGGUUAUCAGGUGAGAGCAAACAAGAAAUAGAAAUGUUGCUAGAGAAAAUAUCAAAAAUAAGUGAAGAACAAAAUGACAAGGAUGAAAGUUUAAAAGCAGCAACAAGAGAAAAAGAAAUUACAAAUUCAAAAUUAGAUGAGAUGAGUCAGUUACUAGAAAAAGAAAGAAAGGAAAGUAUAACAAAAAAAGAAGCAAUGUCAUUAAAGGAAGAGCUGGAUGCUAAAAGCAAAAUGCUAAAUGCCAGUAUGACAGAGAGUGAUAGAUUUAAAAGAAAAGCAGGUCUAAAAGUUCCUGAUUUAGAUGCAUUGAGGCACACAUAUGAUCAGGCUGUCACUACUGCCUGUGAUGCUAUGAAUGAAAUUCCUUCAGAUGACCUCAAAGAGUUUCUUUAUCGUGACUAUCCUUAUUUCAUUCAUCAAUUGGAACAUAUUGAUGCCACUUAUAACAUUCUAGCUGUAGUCCGCAAGAGGUGUUCGAUUAUAAAUGUCAGCCUACUGGAAGAUGUUGCCAUUAAUUUCACAGUCGAAAAAGCCAUUACCAUCAUUAAAGAAUACAAAAAACAUAUGCAUAAGUUUAAGUCGCUUCGAAUGUUUUUAAAUGUAGAACUGUAUUCUGACACACUAUUUCAAUGUGACAAAAUCUCAUUUGUUGUUGCUAGAGAUGUUGACAACUGCACUUUAGAUGAUGCACAGGUCCUGCUAAAUACAGUAUUAUGCAAGGAAUUAGCCCCUCAUGUCAUGAUUAAAGAAUUUGAAUGUAUCAAAGACCAUGCUUCCUUUACUAUCAUUUGUUCCAUUCCUCUGCAAUUUUUUGCAUCACUUAAAGAAAAAGUAAAUGUUGAAGAAACUCCAGAAAAAAAAAUUAAACAGAUAUCACGAAAUGUAUUUACGCUCGUUAACUAAGAGCAAGAAUUGAAGAUGGUGCAUUGACAUUCAUUUUUUGUUUUAG